AUGGCCUCCGAAUUCAUUGGUUACAACGUGCUUGUGAGCCUGCGGGCACCUCCAGGUGGGAAGCUUCAAGGGCAGGUUGCUGAUGUGAUCGGGCAGAACUUGCUGCUUCAAAAUGUGACUCUCCUUUGGAGCGGUCAGCAGCUGCCCCAUUACUCUGUUGAUGCGUCUGCGAUUACCGACCUCUCGCUGGAAUCGGCCAAUUUGGCGCCCCCACAACUUCAAAAUACACCGCAAAGAGCUCCAGUACCUGCUGCAGCUGCGCCACAGACUCCUUCUCAACAGCCCCUCGUUGACCCUGCCAUCUUAAGCUUUUCGAAGCCCCCCUCGCAUCCUGCCAGUCUGGUCGCCCAUCCUCAGUUGAUAAAGUCAAGUGCACCCCAGCAGGGUCCUACACCUGUUGCUGCAUCUUUAUCGGAACCAUUCAGCAGUCUUGAACUAAAUGCGAGCCAACCUCAAGCUGCCAUACAAGGAGUCUCACAAGAGAAGGAGCUUCAGGUUGCACAGAACGUGACCACGCCCACCAAACAGAAUCCGCGACGCAACCGACGGGGUAACGAUGACGGAUUUGUGGGCAAGCACGGUGCUGCAGCGAGUACUAAUCCCAAGAGUAAAGGUUGGCGCCAAACGGCAUUUGUUGAACCGGCAGCUCCAGCAGCUCAAGGAUCACCCGAACAUGUCGUGCAGCCUGGGGCAAAACUUCGUAAGAAAAAGGCGCGUCGCUCUCGAGUUGAAGAUACAAGUGGAUGGGCAACCGAAGAUGCGACUGAUAUCCAAGAGCUGGGAGAAUUUGAUUUCGAAAUGAACCUGUCAAAGUUUGACAAGCGACGCGUGUUCGAAGAGAUUCGAAAUGAUGAUACCACUGCUGACGAAGAUCGUCUGGUGAGCUUCAACCGGAGGGCAAAGCCUGGCACUAACGGUGGGAAGAACCUUCAUUGGACUGAAAAUGUCCUCGAUAGCCCACCGAACAGUGAUACUGGUGAUGAUGUGGAAGAGAUUAGCGAUGCCAGGCACAGCAGUGAGAAUUUUUCUGGGCGUGAACGCUCGCACGCUUCUGGACGCAUUCAACCAUCUCGCAAGAGUAGCACUAUCGUGGCCCAGCCUAUGGUUCAUCAGAUCAGUGCGCUCAGCCGCACUCAACUUAACACCUCUCGGACCACCAGCCCUCGGCCAACACGGUCAUCCGGGUCACCAAUGGUUGGUCCUAACACUUCUGGUGCCUCCCUGCGCCUGACAACCACUAAUCGCAGCUGCCCAACGGUGAGUCCGUUACAGAUACUGGAAGUGGAGCAAAUUGCUGUGGCCGAGUUUGGAUUGUCCGAAGACAUCAUUACGGAGAAUGCUGGACGGGGCAUUGCAGAAGCAGCCGUUUCUCUUCUUACCAACGAUGCGGCUGCUCCUACAAUUCUUAUAAUUACUGGCAAUCACCGCACUGGCGCACGAGCGAUCUCGGCUGCCCGACACCUGCGCAAUCGUGGUCAUCGAGUCACUGUGUGUGUCCUCGGAUUGGAGCAUGAGAUUGAGUUGCUCGAGAACUGCCGCAAACAGCUGGAGAUCUUCAGAAAAAUCGGAGGACGUGUACUGAAAUGGGAAGAACUCUCGACUCGCUUGUCUAGUUCUGAUUUGGCCCCUGAUCUGGUUAUUGAUGCCUUGUUCGGCAUGCACAUUGCCUUUGACGACCUUCGGACUGACGACCAAGCUGUCGCAUUUGAGAUGAUUUCAUGGGUCAAUCGGAGCGAAGUCGACACACUCUCGGUUGAUAUUCCAUCUGGGAUAUCAGCCUCAAGUGGCGACGUCACCAUGGUCGAAGGUGGUCGGCUGUGUGUUAACGGAUCGUCAGUGGUAUGCCUCGGUGCACCGAAAACUGGAAUACUUAAUGCUCUGAACUCUGGCGAAGGCCAAUCCUGGAAUGUCACUGUCACCGACAUUGGCAUACCGCAGAUCGUCUGGCGUAAAUAUGGUACCCGUCGCCGACAUGGGAUCGAUUUUGGGAACCGCUGGGUAGUACCCCUACGAUACCAUAAUCUGAUCUCCUAA